AUGGGCCCAUCCAGACGGGCCACUGUGGUCCCAAACGCCUUUGCCGGUGGCUAUAGCCAGACAGUCAGAAACCGGCUUGACAAGGUUGUUUUCCCGGAUAGAAUCAAAUGCGGAACAUGCAAGAAGUUUCGGUACAUCGGCACUUUCUCUAACAGACAACUGGACAUUCUACGCCAUGCGGUAGUGGCUGAGGGAGCUUCGGCUGCUACCAGCGGACGUGCUAGAUGCAGACAGUGCACCGGUCCAGGAAAUACUGAAUUGAAAUGCACACAGUGUGACCGCGUCAAAUCGAUCGAAGAGUUCGCGAAGAACCAGCGGCACGAGCGUGAUACUGCGUUUAGUUGCGACGUACUGACAAGCUCGAAGAGUCAGGCAGGUAGUAGCUCUUUGGCUACUUCGUUGAAGCGUCUCCAACUGAGCGGUGCUCAUGAGGGAUCUGUUUGCAGUGACGAUCUGGAUGACGAUGACGAUUUGUCCAUUGGUGGUGGUGUCUUUUUGGAGCCUAGACACACCGACGAGAAUAGCAGCACCAAUAACAAGGGCAAGGAGAAGGUCUUCACCGGCUACGAUCCUCAGGGAAACCCGCAUGUACUCACCCACCGCGCAGAGGUUACGCAGUCCUACCAGAGCGAAUGGUCUGUCUGGGGAGUUAAGAACAAAGCCCUUCGAAGUGAAGCCGGUCCCGCCAGAUCAACGCCGAAGAGGGAAAGAAACUUCGCCAAAGUCCCGAGCGCGCGCUAUGAAAAGCACGAACUGCCGAGCAUGGCCAUUCCUGAUUCCAGCGGCGCGAACAUCCCUUCUGACGAUGAGGACGAAGUGAACGAUUUGGACGUCUUUCUGUGA